CUACUUCAGGAAAAAAGAAACUGUCUCCUGAUGCAGCUGGAAGAAGCCACCUGCCUAAUGUCCUAUCUCCAGUCCCAGUUACAAAGCCUGUCCGCCAGCACCCUGACCGUCUCCUCGGGGAGCAGCCGCGGCUCCCUGGCCUCCAGCCGCGGCUCCCUGGCCUCCAGCCGGGGCUCCCUGAGCUCCGUCAGCUUCACCGACAUCUACGGCCUCCCGCAGUACGAGAAGCCCGACGCCGAGGGCGGCCCGCUCCUGCGCUUCGACCUCGUCUCCUUCGACUCCCUGCGCCGGGACGCCCCCUUGGCGGAGGCCCCGGGCCCCGCGGGCCUCCACAAACACACGCGCUCCCUGGACACGCCGCAGUCCCUGGCGUCCCUGUCCUCGCUGUCCCCGCCCAGCUCGCGCUUGGACACGCCCUUCCUCCCGGCCUCGCGAGACUCGCCCCUGGCCCAGCUCGGGGACGCCUUCGAGGUGGCGGGCCUGGGCGCCCUGGACAGGCUGUGCGCUCAGGCCUCCGCCUUGGGGGACGAAGACCCGCCGGGCGCGGCGUCCCUGCCGCCGCACGGGUGCCCCGGGGACGGGGAAGGACCUCGCGAGCGAGGACCCCAAGCGGCUGCCGCUCCCACGGCUGCACGUACCAAACUGAGGGAAGACAGCGCCCAGAGGCUGGAGCGGAGAGCGUGCUGCGUGUCUGCCUGCCUGUCCGAUUACUCGCUGGCCAGCGACAGCGGCGUGUUUGAACCUGCCACCAAAAGGAGUGAGGAUGCCGACGAGCCUGUGCCUGGAGACGCUUGCGGUAACGAGGGGCCCCAGAUCCAUGUUGGAUUUUUGCACGACAGUGCCAGCGAGUGUCUCCUCGUGAACGUGCUCCAACUGAAGAACUUUGCCGGGCUGGUGGUGAAGGAAGACUGCAAAAUGGAGAAGGAAAUCUGUGUUGUCUCCGGUGGGGAGAUGGGUGCCCGAUGGGGGUGUGAGGUCCCACUUACCCUGGCGGGUGAACCCACCUGUGAUGGGUGCUCAGGCCUGACGGUGCCUUCCCCUUCCGUGAGUCGUCUUUGUAAACUGGCCUCCCGAAGGCCUUGGAAGCAGCCUGGUGUUCAGCGGCUGAGGGUCAGUUCUUCGGACUUUCUUUUGGUGUUUAAUGAAGUUUUCAAAAUCCCUGUGCAGUCAAACAUGGUGAUGUUGGAGUCCCUUCAGUUAUACAUGUGCUCAGUGAAUCCGCAGCUGCAGGAAGAACUGCUGGGCAUUGCUCAGAUUAACUUGGCUGAUUACGAUGGUUCGAGCGAGAUGCAGCUGCGCUGGUACUCGGUGCAGGUGUUCACCGGCCCCGAGCCGCCCCGGCGGGAGGACGAGCGGCUGGGGCACAGCGACUUCCGGGACCCUGCACACACCACGUCUGGAAAGACAGACGCGGUGACGGUGCUGCUGGCGAGAACCACGGCCCAGCUGCAGGCGGUGGAGAGAGAGCUGGCCGAGGAGCGGGUGAAGCUGGAGUACACGGAGGAGGAGAUCCUGGAGAUGGAGCGCACGGAGGAGCAGGCCGAGGCCGUGUCCGAGAGGAGUUGGCAAGCCGACUCGGUGGACAGUGGCUGUAGCAGCUGCGCCCAGACCAGCCCCCCGCACCCAGAGCCCUGCUGCGUUGCUGUCAGCUCCAUCCACGGACACACGUUUGCUGGCCAGGCAGACCCUUACGGCCCCGAGAAACUUCAGCCCCCGCCUCUGAAGGUUGAUAAGGAAACCAACACAGAAGAUCUCUUCCCGGAAGAGGUGGCGAGUCUGCCGAAGGAGAGGCCCGGCCGCAGGGCCCGCGGCUCGCCCUUCUCGCGGAGCAGCACCCUUGUGCGUUCCCAGACUUUCUCGCCCGGAGCACGAAGCCAGUACGUCUACAGACUUUAUCGUAGUGACAGCGACAGUUCAGCGCUGCCCCGGAAGUCCCCCUUUGUCCGAAACACUUUGCAAAGACGAACCCUUCGCUAUAAGCAGCCCUGCAGGUCCUCCCGGGCGGCGCUGGCGGCGCGCACGUCCCGGGACCUGGAGCUGGACCUCCAGGCGUCGCGGACGCGGCAGCGGCAGCUGAACGAGGAGCUGUGCGCCCUGCGCGAGCUGCGCCAGCGCCUGGAGGACGCCCAGCUCCGCGGCCACGCCGGGCCCCCGGCCUGGCUGCUGCGCGACGAGCGCUUCCGGAGCCUGCUGCGGGAGGCCGAGAGGCAGACGAGACAGACCCAACUUGACUUCCAUCAAGAACAGGCAGCUGAGCAGAUGCUGAAGAAGGCCUCCAAAGGGGUGUGCCAGCUGCGCGGGCAGAACCUCAAAGAGCCCAUCCAAGUGCAGGCGUUCAGGGAGAAGAUAGCAUUUUUUACAAGACCAAGGAUUAACGUACCUCCUCUGCCCGCCGACGAUGUUUGAUGUAGUGCUUUGUACACAUGAAGUAUUUAUCUGCCUGUUUUAUUUUCAUGAAGUUCUUAGACUAGCUAAAUUUGUCUUUAAAAUA